UCGACUGCUGCCUCUACUACUUUGACUACUACCACUACUAUGGCGACUGAACUGACGACUAUACUUGGGGCUUCGACUUAACGAUGACCCCCAACCAUGGAGCAGGACCAGAUGGCAGCGAGGAAGAAGGCUGAGGCGCAACAGCUGCAGAUUGAACUGAAAUCUGAUGACGACUGGACUAGCUUCUGCAAGAGACCAGGACUCUUGGUGGUGGACGUGUACAGUGAGUGGUGCGGGCCCUGUACCAGCAUGACUGGCCACCUCAGACGCAUCAAGCUUGAACUGGGAGAUGAGUACCUCACCCUGGCCAUGGCUCGGUCUGACACCAUUGAAGCUCUCAUCAACUUCAGAGGAAAGGCUGAACCAACAUGGAUCUUUCUCGGGUCUGGUAAACCAAUGGCAGUCAUCCACGGUGCUGACGGUCCCCAGCUCCUCACCACCAUCAGGCGACUGCUUAAGGUGGAGGUUGCUGCCCUCAAGGGUCGUGGUGACCGUCAGGUGGUCUUGCUGGACUCCCUGGUGAAGCCUGAGGAGGUACUCGAACCUGACGAGGACCUAGAUGAUGUGGAGGGUGAGCUGCACAAUUUGGAUGACAGCGAAGAGAACUCUGAAGCAGAGGAGCCAGUGCUGCAGCAGGGCGUGCUCUUCAUCCUCCCACACAUUAUCUCUCAGGAAAAGGCCGAGACCUUCCUCUCCAACGUGGUGGCCGCAGGAUUUGAAAUUGCUGGUCAUGUACAAGAAGAGCUUACCCGGGAAGAGCUCCACGACUUCCUCUUUCCUCCAGAGCCCGAAGUGGUGGAAGAGGAGGCGGAGGUAGAAGAGGAGGUGGAAGACAGCGCCGAGAACAUGGAGGAGGAAAGUGGUCAGGAUGGGAAAUCUGAUGACGGUCCUUCUGAUGACAACUCCAAUACUGUCAAGACGGCAGGAGAGGAGGAGGAGUCUGCAGGUGAAAAAGAAAGUGUGGGAGAGGAAACAAGUGAGGGAGGUGGAGAUGGGGACACUCAAGAUGACCUUCAGCACUGGGAGGAACAGCUCAGUCAUGGACCUCUCUAUAUGCUCCUCCUCAAGGUGGAAGAAGGAUGUGUGGUGACUGCUUGGUACCAAGUGCUGGGACCUCAGGACCUGGAGACAGCUUCCCGUGACCAACCAGAGUCGUUAGUGGCUCAAUUUGGGGAGGAGGAGCAUGUGGUGCCCGCCUGGCUGCCUCGGGGACGUGCUCUCCAGGAGCGUCUAGCCUCCAGGUUCUUCCCGCCGCCUCCAGAUGCCUCUGUGCCUAGGCUACUGCUACUGCCAGAUACCGAUCAUCACCAGGUUUUGGAGAAGAUGAGUGUGGGUGGCGUGCGAGUGUUGGCCCACACACAAGCUACACUGCAGCAGGAAGCUCUUCAGAGUAUCACCAGUCUUGCCACUUCUCAGGAACUUGCCAAAGUCAUUGGGUAGGUCUUCGUGCAGCCUUGUUUUACAGUCUAUACGUCAUUCGCUUCCCCCUGUAGUCACAAUUAGGUAAACAAUACUCUAUAUUGCAGUAUGUCAUCCCAAAAGGUCCGUCUCUAUGAUAAGCUUGUGUGUGUGCAUUACCACAAUCAUCACACCGGUUGCCAGUAUUAUACAAUCUAAUUCAAUUUUUUUUUUUUAUCUUUGCUUUUCACAUACAGUACCAGUUUGAUAAAGCACUAUACAUUUCAUCAUACUGUACAGUAUAACUAGACUAAGACCACUUAAACAUCUUUUAUUAACCAGAAUUGAAGUGAUACUUUUUAUUUAAAGUAUUAUGAUACAUUAUUAAAAAAUUGUCGGGCAUAACAACACUGUACAAUUUCUUAAAAGAAUUGAUACCAGAGUCCAUGUAACAAGAUUUUUAUUUGUUUUCAGGAAUGUAGUGCUGGCUGUGGUUUUGACAGGAGAAGGAAUUGAGGAAUGUGUAGCAGAAUUCUCACCCUUGUACCUCACCCAGGACACGACCAGUGCCCAGGCUGAAGUGGAGUUCUUUUUUCCCGACCUCCUUGUUGCCCACGAGCACCAAGACGAGCCCCAGACACAGAUGCAGAUUGAACAGAACAAGGAAAGCAAUGCAAAGUGAGCAAUCUCAUUUUUAAGAAAUGUGGACCAUUAAAAUGCAAUCAAUAGACCAUUGCAGUCUAUAGAUACUGUAUGCCAACUUCCCAUAUUUUGUUGUUAUCCUGUUCACACAAGCUUCUGGUGUGAAGGGUGUGUUGGGAUUAAAGGAAAUGAAACAGGCUAGAGAGUAGAUUUUAAGUAAGCCUGGCAGUCUGGAAGAUUAGACUAUUGUUGUGGCAAAGAUGGAAUGAAGAAUUAAAUAUAUGAGGAAGAGUUUAAAUUCUUCAUUACCAAGAAUUUUAGAACAAGUGACAAAACUCCUAUCUAAUUUAACUUGCUUACAAAAAAAAAAAUAUG